ACCAAAGUUUUCACAGACGGGACUGCGUUGCCUAGCAGCUGGGCAGAGGAGGACUCUUUGCUACUACACACUGCCUUCCUUUUUUAAAAAAAAAAAAAACAUAUCAAGUAACCGCGGACACUUCCCGGCUCUGUCUAAUACCUGUCAUCUGUCCGUUUCCCUUUUCGCCGUCAAUAUGCCAAACAUGCCCCAGACCGUGACACUAAAGGGACCCUCUCCUUGGGGUUUUCGACUGGUGGGAGGACGGGAUUUCAGCACACCGUUAACCAUCUCCAGGGUAACACCAGGUAGCAAAGCAGCCCAAGGCGACCUCUGUCCAGGAGUCACCAUCCUGGCAAUCAACGGCGACAGCACAGAGCAGAUGACACACAUGGAGGCUCAGAACAGGAUCAAAAACUGCACUCAGCAGCUCACACUCGACAUCAGCAGGUCAGGAUCAGGAGACAGAGUGUGGUCGCCAACAGUCAGUGAAGAUGGCAAGACAAGCCCUUACAUGGAGCCUGACUCACAGAAUUUCCGUCCCAUCACCAGCGGGUAUGGAAGCUACAGUCGUAAACCUUCAUACACUCCUGAGCCCCAGUCCCCGCUGCCUGUCCAGUCCCCGCUGCCUGUCCAGUCCCCGCUGCCCGUCCAGUCCCCACUGCCCGUCCAGUCCCCGCUGCCUGUCCAGUCCCCGCUGCCUGUCCUGCCCAAUCACAUGAAUAAUGGACACUCCAGACCCAACAAUGGACACAGCUAUGGCUAUGGAAACGGGCACGCUCAGUACAACAACCCAUCUGGACUUUACGACAGCAAUGGAGACAGAUCUCUGCCGAGCAAGAUGGGAGGACUCAGCCUCAGUGCCACGCACAGCCCGGAGCCUCCCACACACUCUCCUGUGGGCCGUAAUGGUGUCGACACGCAGUCAGACGUCUACAAGAUGCUGCAGGACUACGUGGAGCCCGUCUCUGAACCCAAACAGUCCGGCUCCUUCAAAUACCUCCAGGGAAUCCUGGAGGCAGAGGAUGGAGGUGUUUCCCCAACAGACAGGAUGAGGAACUUAAAGUCCCCAAUCAGGUCUCCAAUCCCCAAACUGGGAAGCCCCAUCCCCAGCCCCAUGCCUGGUCUUCAGAAGCUACCCCAGUGCACACGCUGCUAUAACGGCAUUGUUGGCACCAUCGUAAAAGCUCGGGACAAGCUCUACCACCCCGAGUGCUUCAUGUGCGACGACUGCGGCAUGAACCUCAAGCAGAGAGGCUAUUUCUUCAUCGAGGACAAUCUGUACUGUGAGACCCACGCCAAGGCUCGCGUCCAGCCUCCAGAGGGCUACGACGUUGUUGCCGUUUACCCAAACUCCAAGGUGGAGCUGGUCUGAGACAGAGACGGAGCAGGAGCUAUGUAAUAUAACAGGGAAAGUAAAAUGUAGGUGAACAGGGCUACUGAGUAUUCUAGUGUGCAUUUAUCAGGCUCUGUCAAGCAGGAAUGCAGAUCUUGGAUAAGUUUUGCCUUUGGGGGGGUUCAUAAAUGUUGUGAUCCAAAAUCAGCAUUUCUACACAGACAGAUUGAUAAAUUCUGUGUCCAUUGAUAAUUAUGAGAUAUGUCGACAGAUAUGUGGCUUGGAUCUGAUGAGUGUCCCAAAACUCAAACCCAUUUAAAAAACUGACAUUCAAUGCUACGUCCCAACAUGACAGCACUCGUUUACCAAUAAGUGUUGACAUUGGAUUUUAGAUCCAUGAGAAACAUUGAACUCUUCACGUUCAUAGACGAGUUGUGCCUAUUCAAGCUCACAUCCACAUUCCAAGCACAACAUGUUAAGGGCCACAUAUUAUGCAAAAUACACUUUACCAUGUUUUUUAAACACUAAUAUGUGUCUCUAGUCUGUCUACAAACCCCCGAAUUAUAAGAAAAAUCUAUCCUCUCUGUCUUUUGCCUGCUCCACUUUUCAGAAAAUUUGCGCCCAAACAGACCGCUUGCAGAUUUUCCCUUUAUGACAUCACAAAGGGUAGUAACCCCUGCCCUAGGCUAGGUUGGUGACAAUCCCACGGCCAAGUGUUAGUUCUGCCCUCUGAGUCUGCCUACUCACCUUAAAAAAAAUAGGGCAUGGUGCAAGAAAGCCUGAGCCACAUCCCCUUUCAGAGAGGGGUGUGGUCAGACACGGCUCACUUCCAUUUAAAGCUACAGACACAGAAACAGCCUGUUCUGAGGAGGGCUGAAGUAGAGCGGGUUGUAGGCAUGCUAAAAUACAGGAUCGGAGAGGAUUUUUUAAAAAAGAGACUUCUCAGACAUGUUUUUGGGGAGCUCCAACACUUCAUUAAAGUUGUUGAAAAAGAGUAUAAUAUGUGACCUUUAAAACACAAAUGAAACAUCAAAUGUACUGAUUAAAACAAUUGUCAGAAGAAUGAAAGAUUCAAUUUGAAAUUACACCAGCAGACUUCAGCUGCCGCUUUUCAGCAGACAAGUUUAUCACCAGCAAAAUACUCAGUUUCCCAUUAUAACCAUCACUCAGGCCUUAAAAUAUCUCCACAACAGCAGUGUGUGUUUUUGAUGUGGGUUUUCACAAGACUAUUUUAGUUGAUAUUUUAAUGUCUGUGUUACAGUCAUCAAAGGUAUAAUGAUAUAUCGUUUAAAACCUGGUGCGGGGUGUGAAGGUGUCAGUGUCCUUUUUAACUAUGUAACAGUUACACAUAUUACUCCUCUGGAUGGACUUUUGCAUUCUUCAUUUUACAUCUUUGCAGUUUACUUUCAGACUUUCUUCGUUACAAAACUGGGGGACAUUCUGUUUGAUGGUCACUUUUCUUCUGCUCAGUUUACACUUGUGCAAAACAAUAAGCAAUAUUCAUACCAAGCAGAUCUUUCAAUGUUAGGAUAUGGAAUGCGCGGCUGCGUUUGUUUUGGUGAACAGGUUUACAGAACUCGUAACAUGUAGUAAAGGCCUCUGUAUGCAGCUAUCCAAGCACCACCCUCUGAACUGUAAACAAAGCCCUGCAGGAGGCAUCCUCCCAGUUCUCUCAGGAACUGUAGAACUGUGUUGAGAAACAUAAUUUCUACCCGAUGGUAUUAUAAAAAGCAUCACAUUGCAAGAAAGGAGACUUAAAUAAUGCAAAGCAUGCAUGUAAUGAUGACAUUUUUAACGGUUGUGAUAAUUUAUUUCAGACGAUUGUAACUCAAAUUCUCUAGACUACCUGUCUGAAGAGGAAUUUAAACUCUCCCUCGUGUUCACACCAGAGAAUUCCAGUUCAAACCCAGAGCACACAGUUCAUCUGGAUCACUCCAUUCACACUUAUGUGUGCUCCGAUUCUUAUGUCAACUUUUAAAAAAUGGUCAUGUGCAUUCGAGACAGGAAACAUGGAAGUAGAAAACUGGGAAACUGGGCAGCUUACAACAUGUGUGAGCAAUAUUCACUGUGUUUGGUUUUUUGGGCCCACAACAUGGAUACAUUACAGAUCCUCGUAGGGAGAGAGAAACUGAGUGUAUGCAUAGUUGCAUUCCCUUCCUGCUCUGAGCUCAAAUUUCUGGCCGUGGCUGAAAUCCAUGACGAAAAUGAAAUGUACUUUGACAUUUCCUCAGAGAGAAGAGAAACAGAAAGUUAGGGAGAGAGAAAGCGAUGACAUGGAGAGAUGAAAAGAAGGUGUGUAUUUUUCUGCUUCAAAAUGAAAGAAAUAUGAUAUUGUGACUGCAACACAGGGCCAAAACGUCUUGCAUUUUUGUGAAUAGUGAAUUAAAUUGGAUAGGGUGAUCCUUUUCAUAAUUGGUAGAGUUUUUUUAUAGCUUGUAGUUUGAGAUGAGAAAUGAAUUUUGCAGUGCAGGUAUCCUUGAGUUUGUUCAAGAUAUCGUCAAUGAUGUGUAGCUGCUGGUAUGCCAUCUGUACUAGUUAUCUUGUAAAUUAUGUGAAAAUUAUAUUGCUACCACAUUGUUCCUUUUGUAUUGUACAUAUUUGUUUUAUGAUGAUAUAACGUAUAAGUCAUGUGCCUUUUCAUACUCGUUGUUUCUAGAUGAUUUCUUUGACACAAAUCUUUUUUCUUGUGUUUAACUUAUUGUCCUACAAACCCAUGUUUUUGUUCUGGAACUUCUUAUUGGCUUUUCUUCCCCCCUCGAAUAACUAAAUAAAAUGAGAAGUGCUUUA